AUGAAUGAUCUAUACUUUUUUAAAGUAUUUAGACAUUCAUAUCUUCGAGAUCAAUUAUUUAAACAGAUAAACAAGAUUGGAGAUGAUAUUUAUUCAAUUAGUGUAGAAAAGAUUAGAUCGCUUAGAGGAAGACACUUGAAAUGUAAAUCGUUAAAGAGUGUGGUUGCAUUCAAUUGCUACUGGCUCUUUGAAGAGAUGUUUAAAGAGUUUAUGGAGCUUAAACUUAAGGGUACGACAGAGAUGAAAAGAGACAGUGUAUUGGAUGGGGUACUCGAUAGAGCACUUGCAUAUCAAAACUACCGUGUUGCCAAACUACUGAUCGACUGCAAAGACUAUAUACGUCCGUUUGCAAGUGACAUUGAAUCAUUGAAACAAUGUAUUGCAUUGUCAUGUUGGUAUGGUUGGUUAGACGUAUACCAAUUCCUGACCAAAGAAAGGAGAAUGGUGGGACUGGACCAACUGUGUAUGGAUCAUUUGGUACGAAGAAAUAAUAUAUCAUUUCUAUCAUUCUAUUUGGAGAUGAGAAAGGAUACACCUCCAAAGAUGUAUGCUGGUCUAUUAGAGAAAGUAGCUCAUUCACAUACCGACACGGUUCAAUUCUUCUUUCAACAUCCAUCGUACCAAUUGGAAAUGACCAACAGGAUACAAAAUGUGUUUGAGGAGGUGUGUCGAGCCGAAACAAGUGACACCAACAACAAUAGUACCUAUUUAAUAGACACACUCAAUUAUCUUGUCAAACUAGACCGAAAUGUAAAGAUUACCUUUUUAGCAUUCAAAAAUGCUUUACUUUCAGGUAAUGAACAUCUUGUCACCUAUGUAUUGGACAUGUAUAAGGUAGAGGAUUUGACAUCGUCGACUACACCAAAUCAAUUUGUAAACUUGACAACAUGUUAUAACAACAAUAUUGAUUUGAUGGAGAGAAUAUUGGAUCAUCCAUUGGUAAAGAGUGACUUUUUAUUGAAAAUAGCUAUCGAUAGCAACAUGUCAUUCGAAACAAUUCUAUUCCUUAUUGGACGAUUAAAACCAUUUUCGUUCAGCUCUGGUUGUGCCAUUGCAGCCAUCGAGCAAGGUAACAUGCCACUACUAUUACUGUUUGACGAUAUCAUUCAAGAUAUUCUAGGUGACGAACACCUAAGGCAAUUGGCUGUCAUGGCUGCCAUCAAAAGUGAAAAUGUACAAGUUGCCGACUUUGUAUUUGGUUUGCACGCCAAGAUUGUCGAUAUCUCAGAGAUUGAUAUUAGAUUGAACCCAUCAGAGGACCGACACAGAUCAAUCUUUUCAAAUAUGAUAAGUUUGGAUAUGAUAAAGUUAUUAUAUCAAUAUGGAUUUAUAGACGGUGAACCUAUAUUGGAGCAAAUACGAGAAUAUCCUUUAUCAGUGACACCUUUCUUUUACCAUUGUGAUAAUAUCAACUUUAUAUUUGACCAAGUUUUAAAAGAUGUCACACAACAACAACAACAACAACAACAAGAGUCGUACGUCAUCCCACCAUUUCAAUAUAGCUCUGGAAGAUGGAGUUCGUUUGAUGACAAUAUGGACACUAUCCUUUAUAAAUUAAAUCAUAAUCAAACUUUAAUUGCAAUGAGAAGUGAAAAUGAUGAAUUGGCUGAAUAUUUAUUACCAAAAAUGGAUUUUACAACAUUGGAUGCAUCAGACAUUAAAUCAACGUUUGAAAUAGCAAUGUGGAUUGGUAAUGGAAGAAAGGUGAUUGAUUUGGUUACCAAACAUCUCCCACCAAAAAAAUUAGAAAAAGUUGUCAAUCUUUUGUUGGAAGUUUGUUACAAACAAGGAAAUAUUUCAUUAUUCAAAUUAUUAAAUAAUAAUAAUAAUAAUAAUAAUAAUAAUAAUAAUAAUAAUAAUAACCAAAAAGUGGCAAAAAAUAUAUAUAGGAGAGAGAGAGGACAUACAUACACCAUGUCAACUUUCAAUACACCUUCUUCUUCUUCAUCAUUACCACCAGCACCACUAUACGACUCAAUUAGAGUCCAAGAAUGGACCAACGCAAUGGUUGAGACUUGGUUGGAAGAUUGUAGAAAAUUAUUAUAUUUCCAAAAUAGGGUAGUCUUUUGCGAUGCCCAUAUCACAGGAGUGGUCCUUUUACAAAACUUGGCAUCGGUAGAUGCAUUUGAUGGCAUCUUUAUUCCACCAACUCAAGAUGUAAUAGAUGAUCCUCACAGAUUAGAAAAAAGGGAUAUGUUCCUUCUAUGUCUUUUUCAUGACGCCAAAAGAAGACAUAGUGCAUCCCAAUAA